AUGCCGAGAGGAAGGAAAGGGAAAAACCCUACGAAUCCAAACAAAAGAGCAGCAGCAGCAGCAGAUACACCACAGCAGCCGACGACCAACAACCACCACCAACAACGACGGCAAUGGCAGCCGCCCAGACUUCCCUCCAAAUUUCAACUCCUCCAGCGGUCUAUAGUCAUGGACAUCCUCUCAAGGCUCCCCAUCAAAACCCUCUUCGACUGCAGGUGUGUUUGCAAAUCCUGGCUUACUCUAAUUUCCGACCCUCAAUUUUCCCUUCUCUGCACUUCACGAUCCCCCAUUGGCAUACUGAUCAAGACUUUUCCCCCCAAAAGCAUAACAAGGAGGCUCGAUUUUACCCAGAUUGAGGAAUCAUCUGGUUCUCGCUUUCGCUACGAAAAACUGAGGUUUACCCCCAAAUUUAGCCUGCCCAUUUCUGAAUUUAAUCUGAUAAACUCCUGCAAUGGUUUAGUUUGCUUGUCCGGACCCGAAAGAGGGGACCUUUUGUAUGUCUGCAAUCCAAUUUUGGGUGAGUUCAUCACCGUGCCGCGGAGCGAUAGGGCUAGGCCUAAUUUUACCUCUGUUGGACUUGGAUUUAGUGUUGGGACUAAUGAGUAUAAGGUGUUGCAAACGUUUGUUCCGUUGAGUGAACCGAUCAGCAAUGAUAGAUGCAGCUAUGAGGCUGAGAUAUACACCAUUGGUACGGGGGUUUGGAGAAGCAUUGGAAGUGCUUCUGGGAGCCUUGGUUGUCAGUUGCCCUUCAAUGCUUAUCUUCAUGGAGCUCUGCAUUGGGUUUCUCGCGGUAGCGAUGUUUCUGAGCUUAUAAAUUCCUUCAACUUUGAACGGGAACAGUUUCAGGCAGUUGCCCCACCUAGCUACUUUGGACCGCUGGAGAAGCAAUUUUCAGACUGUUUGAAGUUGGGAGUGUUGGAAGGUUGUCUCGUUUUGUGUGUGUUUGGGGACGAUUCUAGUAAAUUUGUUAUGUGGGUUAUGAAGGAGUAUGGUGUCCGAGAGACUUGGACUAAAACUCUUGUUAUCGAAAACUUGUAUCCGAGAGAACUUAGUUGCGAUUUGUAUGAACCCAUGGUGUUUUUGAGAAAUGGGGAAAUUGUAAUGUCUUACAAUGAUUGGGCUGUGGUUUGCUAUAACCAGAAAAGGACGAGUCUCAGAGAAACUAGAAUUACUCAGACCCGAAAUCAGUUUCAUGCAAUUGGUUACAGUCCCUGCUUUGUUUCACUCUAUAAUGUUUCAAGGGCAGAGGAGGUGAAAAGGGUACAAGGCUGUAGGAAACGUGACAAUCUUCCUGCUGAAGAGAGUUCUGAUCUCCCUCGUGAAGGGAGUUAUGAUUCUGCCUCGGAGAUGCAACACCACAAGUCUACAAAACUUAACUCGGGCCGUGACUGGCCUUCUUUCGAAGCAAGUCUUCCAACAACCACGAAUUCGUCUGCGAACGUGAGUCCUCAUAGUUCAUCAGUCUAUUUUCUAAGCGAUCACAUUUUGUUUUCUCGAAUCCAUCUGAUGGUUGUUACUGUGUCUUUCCUAGACAAUCUCUUUUCAGCCGGAUUUCAUUUGGAGGGCAGGGGCUCCGUGUUCUCUAUGCAAUGA